GGUCCAACCAAACUGCGACCGUCAGUCUUGCUUCGGCGUUUGAAGAUCUUUCGUCUGUGUGAAAUUUCUCCUCACCACAAUGGCCACUAGCAGGUUUGCCGAUAUCCAGCAGGCGCCUCCUAUUGAGGUGUUCCAUGUGAUGAAGGCAUUUGCUGACAGCACUCACGAGAAGAAGGUUAACCUGAGUGUUGGAGCAUACCGGACAGACGAGGCUAAGCCAUGGGUUCUGCCUGUGGUGAGGAAGGUAGAGGCAGAACUCGCUGCCGACAUGACUCUCAACCACGAGUACCUGCCAAUUCUUGGUCUGGAGUCCUUUAGCACUGCUGCUGCCAAGAUGCUUCUUGGAGCAUCUCAUCCAGCUAUCGCAGAAGGCAGGAUGACCGCAGUGCAGGUGCUCUCAGGCACUGGAGGACUCCGCAUUGCUGCUGAGUUCCUCCACAGAAUACUCAAGUACAAUACCUUCUAUUUUUCAACACCAACUUGGGGCAACCACCGCUUGAUCUUUACCCAAGCUGGCUUUACUGAUGUCAGGCAGUACCGUUACUGGGAUGGGAAAACCAAGGGCCUUGACUUUGAUGGGAUGAUUGAGGACCUACAAAAUGCCCCUGAGAACUCUGUAGUGAUCCUCCAUUCCUGUGCCCACAAUCCCACUGGAGUGGAUCCCACACAGGAUCAAUGGAAGAAGAUUGCUGAUGUUGUGGAGGAGAGGAAGCUGUUCCCCUUAUUUGACUCUGCUUACCAAGGCUUUGCUUCUGGAGACCUUGACAAAGAUGCAUGGGCUGUCCGUCUCUUUGCUGAGCGUGGAUUUGAGAUGAUUGCAACUCAGUCCUUCUCUAAGAACUUUGGCCUAUACAAUGAACGUGUUGGCAACUUAAUGAUCGUCGUGAAGGAUCCCUCUGUGAUUGUCCCCAUGAGAUCCCAGAUCACACUGCUUGUCCGAGGCUCCUACUCUAAUCCCCCAAGUCAUGGUGCAAGAAUUGUUUCCAGAGUUCUCAAUGAUGAGGCCCUGUUUGGAGAAUGGAAAGAGUGUAUCAAGAUCAUGAGUGGCCGAAUUAUUGAAAUGCGAAAGGGGCUGCAGGAACGUUUGGAGAAAUUGGGAACACCAGGAACCUGGAACCACAUUACUGCUCAAAUUGGCAUGUUCUCAUUCACAGGCCUUUCAGCUGAACAAUCUAAGUACCUAGCAGAGAAGUACCACAUUUAUUUGUUGUCUAGCGGCAGAAUUAACAUGUGUGGCUUGACAACAGGCAACAUUGAUUAUGUUGCAGAAGCAAUAAAUGAUGCAGUUUGCAAUAUUAAGGCUUAAUGUGAGCAUGAGAUAUGAGAAAGUAAAAACCAAUGCCUGUGAGAAAUCAGGGAAGACCUUCAUGCUUAACACGUGCAGUAUUUGAUAUAGGGACGGCUAAUCAUUGCAUAACAUUUUGCAGUGAAAAGUAGGAUUUCCUCAGUUGGUGGCAUUGUAAAGAAAUGAAGAGGUAUAAUAGCAAUGUUUUGUCAAGGAGGGCUCAAAAGCCUGUAGCCUGUUUGUUUAGCUAUGGACUGGAUUCAAAAAUUUUACCAAAGUAUUGAAAUUCAGACCAGAGGUUGGUAUGAAUAUCAAACGCUUUGGAUCCAGUUGCUCAGAAAUAUAAACUAACAUAGUCGGUAUUGAUAUUAUAUUGUUAUAUUUAACAUUGUUAAUUAGUUUUGUCUGUGAUAGUGGAAACUGUUAAAAUUGUUAAUGUUGGUUUUGUUAAGUUCAUAUGAAACAUAAUUUACAGAUAUGACAAUAGGCAUUUGUUAAAACAUCUUACCAUGAGUUGUAUAUUAGUUUUACUUGAGAUAUUGUGCUACCAUAAGUAGAUGUAUGGUAUUGAUUUUAACUUAAUAUAUUGAAUUGGGAUUAGAGAAGCCUCUCACAGUAAUCCUAGUAGUGUAUAAAUCUGUUAAUGAUAUCAUCUUGUGAACUUGUAGGAAGAGGCUAAAAUGUAGUUUAAAAAAAACACUUUAAAAGAGUAAGUGUUAUUACCUUUAACACCAGCUGAGUUAAGUAGUUUCAUCAUCAAAUUUUUAGCAGCACUGUCACUUUCUCAUAUUGGUUAUUUGUGCUACACCAUAAUCCUUGCAGAAACACCGAUGUAGGGACCACCUUUUGCAUUACUGACAAAAGUAUUUAUUAACCUGUAAGCAUUUAUUUAUGGAUGAUGCAUCUAGGUUUUGAUGUGUUAAUUUUUUUUUAUAUACCACUUACCUCACUGAAAGAGUCUGCACACCAAGUAUUCUUGCACUGCAGUUCUGAAAAGACCAAUGAUUUUUUUAUUGAUUUUUAUAUGCAGUAACUUAUUUUGUAUAAAAAGACUCUUGGCAAGUACAGCACAAGAGGGUGAUCCAGAGUUGUAUAUUAUUUAUUCUGGCAUUAGUGUAAACAGAAGCAUAAUUUUCUGUUUAAUUCCAUGGGAUGGAAUGGACACCCAUACAAUAUUUUGAUAUGACGACGAUAGCCUCUCACAAGGCUUGUUUAAAUAUUUUUGGUCAAGUUUAAAAAUUUGAUAGAUGAUUGCUAUUGUACUAUAGAAUUUAUCAUCAGAUUUUACAAUAUCUAACAUGUAAAUUGUUAUAUAAACAGUUACAUGAAAUUAUUGAUAUUGUAACAAAGAAUUCACUUUAAAUUUGUCAGAUAUUUAAACAAGACCUUGUAUGACUUUAUGAUAACUUGUUUAAAAACAAGUAGAUGGAAUGGACUUGAAAAUAGGGAAUUUAUUAUUUAUCAUCAUCUUUAAUAUAGAAAACUAUAGUCAUGAAGAAAGUUAAUACAGUAAUGACUUUAAAUCAUAAUUCAGGAGGAUUUCUGAAAAUUGAAAUAGUCUGAUUAGUGACUUUAACUUUUGUAAUUUUUUUUUUUUUGAAAAUAUAUUUUGAUAUAUCAAGAA